CGCCCGCCCUCUGGCCCGCUUUCCACACUAAACCAUCUGACCAAACCGACUCAACGAUCGUCCGGACCCCAAAUCACAGCCGUCCAUUUAUUCCUUACCCAACAUUUUCAAACUCUUUAAAACCCGUCAACCAAGUCAUUGAGGGAGAAAUCUCCAUGAAAUGUCCAAGAAAAGCACACGUUACACACACACACCCACACACAAGUCUUUUAAUUUGUUCUAUAUAUAUCACCAUGCAGGAACUUGGCCAGAAACAGAGUAGGAAAUUCCAAUGGCCACCUUCAGAAGAUCUAAAGACGUCGCUGCUGGCAGAUGCAAACCAACCAUGGGAUGCAAAAAGCACCCAAAACACCACCAAUCUCCGGGAGUGUGUUCACUUUGCUUAAGGGAAAAACUAUCUCGCCUGUCAACUUCCAGUUCUCGAAGUAUUCCUAAAACUAGAAUAAUAGCGUCUUCUUGUUCCUCUUCGUCUUUGUCUUCGGAUUCUUCUUCACCUUCUUCUUGUUCUUCACCUGUGUACCCUUAUGAUCAGGACGCCCGGUAUUUAUCUGGGAAGGGGUCGUUGUCCAUGAUCGGAGUUGGGAUUAAUAGGUUGACAAAGAGCAAGACAACCGCUUUUUUUACUAAGCCGAGGGAGAAAGAAGGAGAUGAAAGAAAGAACAGAACUGGGUUUUUGUCGAAGUUGCUUCAUCCAAAGAGGAAAGAGGAGGAAUUGAUGCAUUCUAGAACGGUAAGAGUUCGUUAAUGGUGCGCGAUUAAUCUCCAACUUUCAACAUGCCCUGCUUUAACCGGCCUAGCUAGUAAUACAAAAUGAAAGCUUGAUUGGUGGUGUGCAAGAAUUGUUUCGAUCUUGAUUUUGAUUCUUUCAUUCGUUUGCAUCCUAUUUGCUUUCUAGAUCAGAUGCAAAAUGUUAAUUACGGUUAUUAGAGUAGAUCAAAAGAGAAUACAUGUGCAUGUCUAUUACGAAUAUAUAUGUACAAUUGUGGAUCGAAAAAUGAAGAAAAGAUCUACAGAAAUCUUUUUUGUGAGCUUGUAAUGUGUUAAUAUUGAAGAUUAUAAGUGAGAAGAGGAUUGUACUUCGAUGAUAAACUGUCAUGGUUAUG